UCCUCCUCCUCUUUCUAGGCGGUGACAGCAGGCAAAGGCAGCGGUUGCUGCUGGCACCGGACGGCGGCGCAGCGCUCUCGCCUCCUGCCCGGCUCUCCAGCUCGGCCGCCGAUGCCAUGAAGCCUUUCAAAGCGCAGAAGACCCCCGGGGGCCAAGAUUUGUUAGAAGACGGUGGAGAACUGGCCGACGUCCUGUGCGAGUUUGACGCGGUGAUAGAGGACUUCUCUUCUCCCAUAAAGGAGAGGCACUUCCAAUAUGAGGAACAUCUGGAGAAGAUGAAGAGACGGAGCAGUACCAGCAUCAGCGACUCUGAGAGUGCCGACUCCCUGUGUGGACACAGCCUGAGCUUUAGCGAUGAAAAGUUACAUUCCUCUCCUCCAUCCAGUCCUUCUGGUUCUUCUCCCAUAAUCGCCUCUCGAAAAGCAAAACUUGGAGACACCAAAGAACUAGAAGACUUUAUUGCUGAUCUUGAUAGAGUUUUGGCAAGUAUGUGAAAUACUGUGUUUUGACCCAAAAUCUGCCUUCAAAAGGAUAAGAUGGAGUUCCACCUGCAACCCACCAUCUAAUGGGACAGGCACAGGAAUCCUUCUCGUCUCAAUAUUUUUCCAGCAACGGCCUCUUACACUUUUAACACGUCGUAAUUGUGAUUUUUUCUACGGACAGAAUCAAAUAACCCAAGCGCUCAAAAGACUUUAAAAAAGAAAAGUAGCUUAACAUCAAUUUAACAGGGCUUUUAUAAAACGAUUGGAAAUUCUAUAUCAUUAACUUUGAAAGGUUUUCAUGAUAAUAUAUUUUUGUAUGCAAAUAAAAGCUAAAUUGGAAUCUAAUAUAUAUAAAUAGGGUGAGAGAGAGAUUAAACGGAUGGAUGGAUGGAUGUUUGCGUAGAUGAAUUGAUGGACAAACAGAUGAAAGAUGGAUGGAUGCUAAUUAAUUGGGGAUAAGUAGCUAGAUGAUAGUAUAGGAUGAAUAGAUGGCUAAUUGAGAUAACUGAGAAAUGAAUGCAUAGAUGGGUAGAUGGAUGUUUAAUUGCAUGGGAGGAUAGACAGAGUGAGAGAGAGAGAUGAUAAAGAAAUAGAUGACAAAAUAGAUGGAUAGAUGGCUAAUUGAUUAAUAGGGAAUUGAUAAAUGGAUGAUCAAUUAUGCUGGAUGGAUGGCUGAUUGAAAGAGAAAAUGAUAGACAGGCGGGAGAUAUACAUGGAUAGGCAGAUAAAUGUUUAAUUGAAAGAAAAGAUGAUGGAUGGGUGGAUGGAUAGAGAUGAUAGAUAGAUAGUUAGAUAGAUAGAUAGAUAGAUAGAUAGAUAGAUAGAUAGACAGACAGACAGACAGACAGACAGACAGACAGACA